GAGAACCAGAACCAAAGGAGAAGGAAGUGUCGAGUCUGAGAUUGAGACGAAGCAAGUAAGAGUGGAUAGGGGAGUUUGUUGAAUUUUAAUUUGGAUGAUCUUAUCCACAAAUUCAUGCGCUUCACCACCAUUUUCCGCAAAGCCCCAAUCCAAAUCGGCCAUCUCCAAAGCUCCGUCAAGCUACUCCACUCUCUUCCCCGGCCAAGACCCAGAAACCACACCAAUCGCUUCUUCCGAAAACCAAAACUCGUCAAAACCCAGACCCCAGAAGCCAAGGUUUACACAAGAGACACAGUAUCCAACAUCUACAACAUCCUCAAGUACUCCACCUGGGAAUCCGCUCGCGCCCAGCUCCCAAAUCUCGGCAUCAAAUGGGACUCUCACAUAAUCAACCGCGUCUUGAAAUCCCACCCUCCCAUGCAGAAAGCUUGGCUCUUUUUCAACUGGGCUUCCGACAUCAAAGGCUUCAAACACGACCACUUCACUUACACCACCAUGCUCGACAUCUUCGGCGAAGCGGGUCGGAUCCAAUCCAUGUACUCUGUUUUCGGCCUUAUGAAGGAGAAGGGUGUGGCGAUCGAUACCGUGACGUAUACUUCGCUGAUUCACUGGGUUUCGAGCUCAGGUGACGUCGACGAAGCUGUGAGGCUGUGGAAGGAGAUGAGGGGUAGUGGGUGUGAGCCUACCGUCGUGUCGUACACGGCUUACAUGAAGAUGCUUUUCGAUGGUGGGAGGGUGGAUGAAGCCACGGAGGUGUAUAAGGAGAUGUUACGGUCGAGGGUUUCUCCGAAUUGUCACACUUAUACGGUGUUGAUGGAGUUUCUUGUAGGCUCUGGAAAAUGUGGUGAAGCCUUAGACAUUUUCUUUAAAAUGCAAGAGAUUGGUGUGCAGCCAGAUAAAGCAGCUUGCAAUAUUCUGAUUGGGAAAGCUUGUAAGUUCGGCGAAACGUCUUUCAUGGCCCGGAUUCUUGUAUACAUGAAAGAAAACGGGAUUGUCCUUCGUUACCCUGUAUUUCUCGAGGCUUUAGAGACUCUGAAAGCUGCAGGUCAAUGUGACGAUCUGUUAAGGGAAGUCAAUUCGCAUAUUACUGCUGAAUCUUUGUGCUCCAACGACACGGUUGAAGCCGAAGUUGAUGACAUGGAAAGUUCAGAUGAUAGUAGAAUUAUCAGCUCCGUUCUCUUGUUGAAGCAGAGUCUUGUUGCAGUUGAUCAUCUACUUAACCAGAUGAAAGAUAGAAACGUAAAGUUGGAUUCUUCUGUUGUUUCAGCAAUCGUUGAAAGAAACUGUGACCGUUGUAGAACCGAGGGGGCUUCGUUGGCCCUUGAUUACAGCUCGGGAAUGGGGAUUCAUCUCGAGAAGUCAGCGUAUCUUGCGUUAGUUGGUUACUUUCUGAGAGAAAACGAGCUUACUAAAGUUAUCGAAUCAGUAAAGGAGAUGGUGAAAGCCCAUCACUCACUUGGUGUGUACCAAGGAGCAACGUUGAUCCACAGGCUUGGGUUUGGCAGAAGACCUCGCUUAGCUGCAGAGGUUUUCGACUUGCUUCCCGAUGAUCAAAAGGGUGUAGCUGCUUACACUGCGCUGAUGGUUUAUAUCUCAGCAGGGAGUCCAGAGAAAGCAAUGAAGAUAUUUGAAGAGAUGAGAGAACGUGAGAUCGUGCCUUCGCUGGGAACGUACAAUGUUCUGUUGUCUGGUCUUGAGAAAACCAGUGACUUCCAAAGAGAAGCAGCGUCGUUGAAGAAGGAGAAGAGGAGUCUUGUUGCUAAUGGCCGUUUCCGGAGAAAUGUAGAUGUUGAAGAGAAAGUCUGUGAUCUUCUGUUUGCUAGAGAUCUGUAAUCUACUUGGAAAUGAAAAGAACAUAAAUGUUUAAACGAAGCCCAUUAGUCACAAGUGUAGGUGCUCCGCAGAUGCGUACAAUCUCUCAAAGUACCUUAAUUGAUCGAAUUAGGUUUUUCUUUCUAGAAGAAAGAUGUGUGCUCUCUAUGCUAAUGAUCCGAGGUAGUUUAGUUGAGAUUGAGUUAUUAGAGAUCGUUUGAUCAGGAGACGACGAUGAAUCCCAGAA